GGCCCCCGUCUUCGGGGUAUAAGUUGAGGUGGUGAAGCUCGAUGGGAUAGAAGAAAGGACAGUAGCAAUCCAACAUCAGCAUCGCCGCUUUGGACACCAUGAAGUUCACCGUAUUGGCACUGCUUCUCUCCCAGGUGUGGGCGGCCCCUCAGGCCAAACGCUCCUCCAAUUUUCUCUGGCUUGGUAGUAAUGAGUCUGGCGCAGAGUUUGGCCAGGCCAACAUCCCCGGUGUUCUGGGGACGGAUUACAUCUGGCCUGACGCGAGUAAGAUCCAGGUCUUGGUGAAUGCGGGCAUGAAUAUCUUCCGCGUUCCGUUCAUGAUGGAGCGCCUGAUUCCGACUUCAUUGACCGGGACGGCCGAUGCCACCUACCUGGCGGAUCUCAAGGCCACUAUCGAGUCAAUCACCAGCCUCGGAGCCUAUGCGGUCGUUGACCCCCAUAACUUUGGACGAUACUAUGGAAACAUCAUUACGUCUACUUCCGACUUUGCCGCAUUCUGGACCACUGUUGCUAAGGUAUUUGCGUCGAACGACCAUGUCAUCUUCGAUACCAAUAACGAGUAUCAUGACGAAGACCAGACCCUUGUCUUCAACCUCAACCAGGCAGCGAUCAAUGCAAUCCGUGCUGCUGGCGCGACCAGCCAGUACAUCUUCGUGGAGGGCAACUCCUACAGCGGGGCCUGGACCUGGACGACCUACAACACCAACCUCGUCAACCUGACCGACCCCUCGGACAAGAUCAUCUACGAGAUGCACCAGUACCUCGACAGCGAUGGGUCCGGGACGAGCGCGGACUGCGUGAGCACCACGAUCGGCGCCGAGCGCGUCGCCGCCGCCACCACCUGGCUGCGCCAGAACGGCAAGCGCGCGGUCCUGGGCGAGUUCGCCGGCGGCGCCAACAGCCAGUGUCUGACAGCCGUCAAAGGGAUGCUGGACGCGCUCAGCGCCGCCAGUGACGUGUGGCUGGGCGCGCUGUGGUGGUCGGCCGGACCUUGGUGGGGCACCUAUAUCUUCAACAUGGAGCCGACAACGGGCACCGCCUACACCUACUAUCUGUCCCUGUUGCAGAGCUAUGUGCCCGGCGGUUCGUCGGGGACGACGACGACGACCGCUGUCGCCACCACCACUACCACCAAGGCCUCCACGACGAGCACUGCCACUACCACCAAGACCACCACUAGCACCAAGACGACUACCGCCGCUACUUCUACCUCCACUGCCGUGGCGCCUCUUUACGGCCAGUGCGGUGGCAUUGGAUGGACUGGGGCGACGACCUGCGCUAGUGGGUCGACCUGCACUAAGCAGAAUGACUAUUACUCGCAGUGCUUGUAGGCGGGGAUAUGUGUAUUGGCUCUUUAGCUCAGAAUAUGUGAUAUGCCGUCUAGUAAACUGGUAGUGCUCUGACGACAAACCUCAAAGAAAUGGGAAGAUUUGACCUCUUCUGGUAUCAUCAGAUCGAAGCCGUAAAGGUGGCUUUUGUGACAUGAGAUUCUAUUCCUGUAGACACCUCCUGAAGCACAAAGCCAU